AUGAAGAGAUGCAACAAGAAAGAGAGAGACAAAGAGAAAUUAGAGAAAAGCAGCAGCAGCACAAAAGGAGGAUCAUCAUCGUCAUCAUCAUCAUCAAAUGCUAAUGCUGAAAAUUGGUCGAAAGAGGAAGAUGAGAAACUGCUCGACUAUAUCAAACUUCAUGGUGAAGCAGCCUGCAACUGGACAACUCUACCCAUCGCUGCUGGGUUGCAGCGAUGCGGGAAGAGUUGUCGAGUGAGGUGGAUGAACUACUUGAGACCCGACAUAAAGUGCGACAACUUUGGCGAAGACGAAGAGGACCUUAUUAUCAAGCUACACGCGCUACUCGGCAAUCGGUGGUCCUUGAUUGCCGGUCGACUGCCCGGUCGGACCGCCAACGAGAUAAAAAACUACUGGAACUCUCACAUCAAGAAGAAACUCACAACCAUGGGCAUCGACCCCAACAACCACACCGUCCACCAAACCCUGCCGCCGGCGCCGCCGUCAUCAUCUUCCGUCGCCGCCGGAGAAAUGCAGCCUUGCACUUUUAACGCAGUUGCGCCGUCCGACGACGAGGACGUAGCCGACACUCCUGCCUCGUCGGAAUGCUGCUCGACUACUGAUGACGACGGCAGCGAUCAGGCCUCGUCGUCUUCGCUUCAACCGAAUGUUGUUUGAUCUCGCUGUUGCCGUUCCGCCGCCGUGCUUUCCGACGCCGGCGAAGGAGCUAGGGGAGUGACGGCGG